CCAGGUCCAGGACUCGAACUGUUGUCGGCCAUGUGGGAAUCCAGCGCCUUUGGCCACCACGCAGCCUGCCGGCCCGUCAUUUAAUUUCUUCAUGCUUUUCAAGCAAAGGUGUAGGAGAGAACUCAGAAAGGAACACUGGGAAGCUUGCUGCGAAAGUACUGCACUUGAUAUUUGAGAUGUGCGGCGCUGACAAUACUUUUGCGGUACUCCUUCAGCCUUAGAUACUUCAUCCUUCAUUCAAUGAACGUGUAUUAGGUAUCUACCAGGUUACAGGCUACAUAUAAAGAGAUGAGUGAAGAUCAGUCCUCCUGGAAGAUCUUAGUGAAGACAGGUUUGUAGGUAUAACUUUUCCCGACCUUUCCCACGGUCCGCAAACAUGCGCUAGAACAGGACUCGCAGCUCUUCACCCCUUGGGCGUUAACCGAGGACUGUCAGCGGACCGUUGAAAGACUACGUUUCCCGGCAGCCUGUGCGGCGGUCGGUGAAGAGAAGUGAGCAGGCGCACGGGCCAGCCCCCGCACGCAGGCGCACUGCGAACGCCGGCUGAGCUGGGUCUAGCUGCUCGGUGCGCGGCGGCGGAGAGCAAGGCCUGGUAGGGACCGCCGCGGCGCGGGUCGGCUCUUCGAGGUUGUGCGCGGGAGAGAAAUCAUGACCACCCCGGGAAAAGAGAACGUUCGCCUGAAAAGUUACAAGAACAAAUCGUUGAAUCCUGAUGAGAUGCGCAGGAGGAGGGAAGAAGAAGGACUACAGUUACGUAAGCAGAAGAGAGAAGAGCAGUUAUUCAAACGAAGAAAUGUUUCUACAGCAGAAGAAGAAACAGAAGAAGAAGUUAUGUCAGAUGGAGGCUUUCAUGAGGCCCAGGUUAAUAACAUGGAAAUGGCACCAGGUGGUGUCAUUACUUCUGACAUGAUAGAAAUGAUAUUUUCAAAUAGCCCUGAGCAACAACUUUCAGCAACACAGAAAUUCAGAAAACUGCUUUCAAAAGAACCCAACCCUCCUAUUGAUGAAGUUAUCAGCACACCAGGAGUAGUGGCCAGGUUUGUGGAGUUCCUCAAACGAAAAGAGAAUUGUACAUUGCAGUUUGAAUCAGCUUGGGUUCUGACAAAUAUUGCUUCAGGAAAUUCUCUUCAGACGCGAAUUGUGAUUCAGGCAGGAGCUGUGCCCAUCUUCAUAGAAUUGCUCAGCUCAGAGUUUGAGGAUGUCCAGGAACAGGCAGUCUGGGCUCUUGGCAACAUUGCUGGAGAUAGUACCAUGUGCAGAGACUAUGUCUUAGACUGCAAUAUUCUUCCCCCUCUUUUGCAGUUGUUUUCUAAGCAAAAUCGUCUGACCAUGACCCGGAAUGCAGUAUGGGCUUUGUCUAAUCUCUGUAGAGGAAAGAGUCCACCUCCAGAAUUUGCAAAGGUUUCCCCCUGUCUAAAUGUGCUUUCCUGGUUGCUGUUCGUCAGUGACACUGAUGUACUGGCUGAUGCCUGCUGGGCCCUUUCAUAUCUAUCAGAUGGACCCAAUGAUAAAAUUCAAGCAGUCAUUGAUGCAGGAGUAUGUAGGAGGCUUGUGGAGCUGCUAAUGCAUAACGACUAUAAAGUGGUUUCUCCUGCUUUGCGGGCUGUGGGAAACAUUGUCACAGGGGAUGAUAUUCAGACACAGGUAAUUUUAAAUUGCUCAGCUCUGCAGAGUUUAUUGCAUUUACUGAGUAGCCCAAAGGAAUCUAUCAAAAAAGAAGCAUGUUGGACAAUUUCUAAUAUCACAGCUGGAAAUAGGGCACAGAUUCAGACUGUGAUAGAUGCCAACAUUUUCCCAGCCCUCAUUAGUAUAUUACAAACUGCUGAGUUUCGGACAAGGAAAGAAGCAGCUUGGGCCAUCACAAAUGCAACUUCUGGAGGAUCAGCUGAACAGAUCAAGUACCUAGUAGAACUGGGUUGUAUCAAGCCGCUGUGUGAUCUUCUCACAGUCAUGGACUCUAAGAUUGUACAGGUUGCCCUAAAUGGCUUGGAAAAUAUACUGAGGCUUGGAGAACAAGAAGCCAAAAGGAAUGGCACUGGCAUUAAUCCUUACUGUGCUUUGAUUGAAGAAGCUUAUGGUCUAGAUAAAAUUGAGUUCUUACAGAGUCAUGAAAACCAAGAGAUCUACCAAAAGGCCUUUGAUCUCAUUGAGCAUUACUUUGGAACUGAAGAUGAGGACAGCAGCAUUACACCCCAAGUUGACCUUAACCAGCAGCAGUACAUCUUCCAGCAGUGUGAGGCUCCUAUGGAAGGUUUCCAGCUUUGAAGCAAUACUCUGCUUUCAUGUUCCUGUGUCAGCCCAGGCUACGCAGUCGAGUCUUCUUGUGGAGCCCACAGUCUUCAUGGAGCUAACUUCUCAAAUGUUUUCCAUAAUACUGUUUGCGCUCAUUUGCUUGCCUUGCGCACCUGCUCUCUUACACACAUCUGGAAAACCUCUGGCUCUCUGUGGUGGAAUACCCUUCUUAAAAAGGGUAACCAGAAUGGCCCACUCUCUUAUGGAAAAAUCCCUAGGCUUUGGAGAUCCGCACUCAUAUUAGAGUCAUGGGAACGUACACAUAUUAAUGUGGCUCCCUUUUUUUGUGGGGGAAAAAAAAGGAUUCCUCCUCAUUCCCUUAAAAGUGGGAAAAAAUACUGACAUUAAAAGAUGAGACUAAACCUUUAUCUUGAAUUUCACACAGCUCCUUGUGACAAGGGAAUUAUUUAGACCUGUUGUGUAUACUUCAGAAUACUUGUCAUGAGUUCUUCCACAGUGAACCCUUGGAUUACCUGGUGGCUUUUUCUAGCCAAAUCUGCAUUAAUCCUUACCGAGAUUGGAUGGUUUUCUUUCCUUUAUUGGCGCCAUUCUUCAGAUAGUAAAGUUAAACCAUCCACUCCCUCACCUUCAGCCUUCAGUGAAUGUGCUUUCUAGUUGUCAGGAAUGCUGAAGAAUUAACACUUUGACUCUUAGAUGUGAUACUGGUUUGCAGAUUCCCUUAGAGCAGAAGGGAGAGGGGCACAUAUAUUAAUUUGUAUGGCUUUUGCUUCUCUUUGGUCUUACAUAUUCUAGGAUUUGGAAGUGGUUCAAUUCUAAUGCUGGUGUGAAGAUUUAGAAUCCUUAGUUAUCAAAAAACGUAUUCUAUACUUCAAUAAAAAAGUAAAAAAAAAAAAAAAAACUACCCUCCAGUUUGCCCAAAUUUAACCAGUAUGACUAGAGACUGUGUUUCUGCAUUAAAGCAAAUGUUUCAGGCUUUGUGGUCCUGAUCAAGGUCCUCAUGAAGUCGGAGUUUACCUUA